AUGAUGUCAAUUCCGUUUAUGGAUCAAUCAGUUACGUCCAUUGCGUCGUCGUCCACACAUUUCGAUCCAAUACCUCAUCGUUCGUUACAUUCGCCGGCGUCGACAUCAUCUCUACCCGUAUGGAAAUCCUAUUUAUACAAUUUGCAAAUGCAAGCACCAAAACCGAUUCCAAUCGUAUGUCGAACGCCACAACCACGUCGUCCCAAACAAUAUGGUUCUGAAUUUCAUGGACUCCUAUCGCGUACAGACGCCGAUCAAUUGAUGUCAACAGCAGUCGACGGUUCAUAUCUCGUUCGUGAGUCAUUGAAUCCCCCAAAUUCUUACACGUUAGCAAUAAAAUUCAAUAACGAAGUGAAAAAUUAUAAACUAUUUUUCGAUCUGCAAACAGCAACGCACUAUGUUGGCGAAAAGCAUUUCGAUACAUUGAAUGAUCUUGUACAUGACGGACUUAUAUCUUUCUAUCUGGAGUCAAAAGCAAGUGAUUAUAUCGCUCUCAUGGCAUGUGACUCACAAUGUUACACAAAUGAAAGUCCCUACGGACAAUACAAAGCCCAGCUAUUACAUCGUGCACAAACACAAACGAAUAAUUUCAAUUCGAAUGAAAAUCAUGAAUCACCAACGAACCGUUCGGUAAUACAAAAUCAACCUCAAACUGACCAAACAUCCUUGAAUUAUCUUUCACCAUCACUACGCAUCCCAUCGACAGUGCAACAACGUUCAUCUUCAAUAAUUAAUUCCACGCCAGCAAAUCUCAAUCAGAAAUUUCCACAAUCAAAUCCUCUAUUUUUCGAUCGAAUUCUCAUCAUGCAAGCAGAAAAAGCACAUAAUUUCAAAAUGUAUUCAUUUAAAGGACCACAUUGGUGUGACUAUUGUGCAAAUUUUCUCUGGGGUCUAGUACAACAAGGUGUAAAAUGCGCCGAUUGCGGCUUCGAAGCACACAAAAGAUGUUCAGAGAAAGUUCCACAAGAUUGUGUACCACAAAUGAAAUAUCUCAAAUCAAUCUUUGGAGUGGAUUUAACAACGUUAAUCAAAGCAACCACUCCCGCAUCAUCUGCAGCGUCGUUAAGGCCAGUCGUGUUAGAAAAAUGUAUUAAUGAAAUCGAAUCACGUCCACAGGCACUGGAUACUGAAGGUCUCUAUCGAAUAGCUGGAUUUUCAGAUACGGUCGAAGAAAUCAAGUUAGCAUUUGAACGUGAUUGUGAUCAUGUCGAUCUUUCUCAGGAACGCUAUCCAGAUAUUCAUGCAAUAGCUUGUGUAUUGAAACUGUAUUUACGACAAUUGCCUAUUCCACUCGUCACAUUCGAUAUUCAUACUCAAUUACUCGAACUUCGUCCAACAAGUCUGUGCGUAACGACGAUACGUCCAAUUAUUCGUCGUUUACCACCAGCACAUUUCCACACAUUGAAAUAUUUAUCUGAACAUCUAUUAAAUGUUUCUCAGCAUUCAACGCGAAAUCAAAUGACAAUCGAAAACUUAUCAAUCGUAUUCGCCCCAACGAUUAUGCGAUCAGAAAAUCCCGAUCCGAUGAUUGGUUUAAAAAAUGCUAAAUCGAUUCAACGGUUACUCGAAAUUAUUAUCGAACAAUCUCAUGAAAUCUUUGCUCCUUAA